CAGCGGGGCCGGCAGAGCGGGCCGCCAGCGCUUCCCCAGCCCGGCGCUCUCCUCGCUCGCCGCCAGCGCCCGUCCGGAUCCACGUCUUCGCUCGAGCCGAAGCGGGAGAGGAGAGACGCACGCACACACACACACACACCAAAAAAAAAAAAAAAACCCACCCAAAAAACCACACUUAGCGGAAACUUGUCAGAGAAUGCUCCUAAAGUCCGCGCUGCUGCUGCUGCUGGUGAUCAGUGCGUCCGCGUCCUACGAGGCUGAGCAGAAUGACUCUGUGAGCCCCCGGAAAGCCAGGGUCGCAGCGCAGAACUCAGCCGAGGUGGUUCGCUGCCUGAACAGUGCCCUGCAGGUGGGCUGCGGCGCCUUCGCCUGCCUCGAGAACUCCACGUGCGACACCGAUGGCAUGUACGACAUCUGCAAGUCCUUCCUCUACAGCGCUGCUAAAUUCGACACUCAGGGAAAAGCUUUUGUGAAAGAAAGCUUAAAGUGCAUUGCAAAUGGAGUUACAUCCAAGGUUUUCCUUGCCAUCCGGAGGUGCUCCACUUUCCAAAGAAUGAUCUCUGAAGUGCAGGAGGAGUGUUACAGCAAGCUGGACAUGUGCGGCAUCGCGAAGCGGAACCCCGAAGCAAUCACUGAAGUCGUCCAGCUUCCAAAUCAGUUCUCAAACAGGUAUUACAACAAGCUGGUGAGAAGCUUAUUGGAGUGUGAUGAAGAGACUGUCAACACCAUCAAGGACAGCUUGAUGGAGAAGAUUGGACCCAACAUGGCAAGCCUCUUCCACCUGCUGCAGACGGACCACUGCUCGCAAGCCCACCCGCGAGCGGACUUCGCCAGGAGACGUAUCACUGAGCCUCAGAAGCUAAAACUCUACUUCAGGAACCUCCGAGGUGAGGGGUCUGCCCCGGCCCACACCAAGCGCACCUCUUCCGAAAGUGCGUAACCCCGCCGGGACGCGCCAAUGGGUGUGUAAGGGAUGCUAAGCACUACCAAAGCUGAUGUCUCUCUUCUAGAAGAGUAAUGCACCCAAACCAAGUGUACUGUAGCUAGUUUUAAAAACAACUAGGAACUGGUUUUAGAUUUAGUCAAUGAUAUUUUCUAUUUCUCUCGAACAAACUUUUGCAUGGAUCUGUGUUCAGUGUCUCAGCUUUCCCGCCGUCAAAGUGUCUCCACCUCUUUUUUCUUUUCCCCCACAAAAAUAUAUCCAAAACAAUCUUAGUAUUAAAUAUAAACAUGCAGUAGUCAGGCCUUCAGACACCAAACUCUAAAUGUACUGUAGCGAUAACACCAUUGAAGUCUGGAGAUUUGGCACCACAGAGGGUAGCUGCUCUAUUCUCUGUCGUAGAAAGCUGGUAGGUGACGAUAGAUGCACUAACAACUAUUGCACAUCCUGAAGAUGGCAAUGGAAUUCGUGUUAUGAAUCUGUGCUGGCCAUGGACGAAUAUGAAUGUCAUAUUCCUGGUCUCUUAGUGUCGUACAGCCCUAACCCUUCCAACUAGCUCCCCUAGCUGGUUAAUUUACCAAACUCACUAGCUGUGGAUGAUUCUAGUUACUGUGACCUAGCACCACAGUGCAAAAUGAGCUAAAACAUCCCCACCGCCGCCCCUAAAUCAGCAGAGAAGCAUUUUGUACUGUGGGAAUCAUUAAAGAAGGUGCCGGUCUAUGGUUAAAGCUAGUCAGAAGGUUACAUAAUCUUGCAUUGUAUUUAAAAACUAACAUCUAUGUACUGUAUUUAACUGUCUAAAGCUUUAAAAGAAAUCUAACACAAACAAACCCUUUCUUAAGACUAGAGUAUUAAAGGUCUUGCUCUAACUGUGGUAUAAAUAGUUCUAAAAUCUGUCAUGUACUGUACAUAAAUUUCACCAGAGUCUGCUUAAAAGAAGCAGAAUAUAAUAACUUUAUCGCAUAAACUUAGUUUUGUAAGUUAACUCUUUUUUCCUGGAAACAGUAUCUCUGUCAUAUUCAAAAGUUCACAUUCUACUUUGUGGCCUUUUUAUAGUGGAAGAGAGAAGAUGUUUAAGACAGAAAUGAUUCAGACAGGGCCAGAAACAAGCCUCUCUUUUCAUAGCUAAAGUGAGCUGAGACCGGCCAGAGCGGCCGCGAAACUGUAAUGCUACCCAAGGCAGAGCAGUGCAGGAAGGCCACCUGGGGGGCCAGCAAACGCCGCGAGAGCGGCUGCGUUGGGAGCUCACAGCUGCCACUGCGGGUAAAAACUCCUUUAAAAAAGGUGAUUUCUGGGGAAAGGCAGGAAAAAUCCUGAAGCUCUCUUAAACCUUGAACGUAAAACAAUGUGCCUGUCUUUAAAAGGACGAGUGGGGCAGGGCUCGCGCAUCCGCCCUCCCUCGCGUGCCCCCCGCAGAGGCCGGCGGCCGCGGGCCUGCGGCGAGCGUGCCGUUCUGCACAGUAGCCUGGCCGGGCUUCGGGCAGCCAAAAAAAGCCACGUGGUGGCAGGCGACCGGCAAGGCCGGUGCCGCGCUGCAGGCCGACCCGCUCGCCUCCGUCUGCGGAGUGGAUGACUCUUGCUCGACUAGUUAGAGAGCUAAUAAAAGAGGGAUCUAUUUUUCUUUUCAAAAUCUAAAGCAAUAUAUCUUUUUUUUUUUUUUUUAACCACAAAGCCUUUAAACAAUAACUUGCUGCUAAUACAUUGAAACCAGAUGCAGUGGCAGCAUUUCUAAUAUUGCUGUCUUCAUUAAAUGUAGCCCAAAAGUGCUGUCAUAAAAUUGUAAGCGGCAAAAACGUUGCUGACGGUAGAAGUUUUCGGGGGGGGGUUUGUUUUGUUUUGUUUUGUUUAAAUACUCUGAAUUGUGCAGUCCAGAGCAAGCAAGACACUAUAUCGUAGCUCUUCCUUCGAUCGCAGUCAGGUAUAUCCAGUCCAACUGGGACUAGGGGGAAGCGUUCGGCUACCCCGAACCUUAUCUCUUUGGAUUGUCGUAAUUGUUUCUUUAUUUUCCAGUGGGAAUUUAACCUUUUAUUUCCCCUUAACACGGGUGGGAAGAGGAUUGGGAACAGAAUCUCCCCCAGUUCGAUGUGCUCCGGUACCGGGGUAUCUGCCACGUGUGCAAGUCGGGGCGUUGCUGCUCCGCGCUGGCAGGAGAGCAGCGGCACAGCUGCUCGGGACUCACAAGAUUUUUUGAGCUGCUUCAUGUGUCACUUUUUAAUUAUUUUUCCUAUGCUAAAGUAGUAAGGAAGCCACAAGCACGCGUCCAUAAAAUCAAGAGCCCGGGGCUUUGCCUUGCCUAGCUUUCACCUCCUGGCCUAAGGCGGUCGCCCGCCUGGCCAGGACGCCGAGUCGCAGGUGGUUGAAUUAGGUGAGAGCAGUUUUCUCCCCGGGGACCGGGAAUGAAUCUCGAUAUUAAGUCCAGCUAUUUCACGUUUUAUUUAAUCUCUAAUGCUUUAUUUUUUUAAUCUUGCGUUCAUUGCAAAAUGAUUUCUCUCGGAGGCGGGGAGGGGCUUAUCUAGAAAUGUUUGCAUGAUUCUCAUUGUGAUUUGUUUGCACUUUAGAUGUUUUGUGCCAUUAUAAAUUUGCAUUAUGUAUUUAUAAUUUAAAGAUACCUAGAGGGGAGAGAGAGUUUGGUUUUUUUGUUUUUUGCUGAGUACUGGAAUAAACAGUGAGCAUAUCUGGUAUAUGUCAUUAUUUAUUGUUUAAAUUACAUUUUUAAAGCUCAGUGUGUUCAUAUAAAGGUUAUUUGAAACAUAUCAUAGUAAUGAGAAAGAUGCAAGUUAUUUUCUUUGCUUAUUUUUAUAAUUAAAGAUGCAUAACAUAAUGAGGCCUAUGUUGGAUUUUCUUCUGCAAUGAAAUAAAAUGUCAAAUUUAA